AUGCCUGAGCCCGAUAUGUCGGUUGCUGCCGGUGGCAGCAACAACUCCAGCGACUUUUUGAUGCUGGAGGACCCGUCAUAUAGCGAAGUUGUGCGAUGGGGGGACAGCGGCGACAGCUUUGUGGUGCUCGAGAACGAGAAGUUUACGAAGACGAUCCUUCCGAAGCAUUUUAAACACAGCAACUUUGCAAGUUUCGUGCGACAGCUGAACAAGUAUGACUUCCACAAAGUUCGCCAGAAUGAGGAGAGUGGCCAGUCCAUAUAUGGCCAGAACGCAUGGGAGUUCAAGCAUCCAGAGUUCAACCGUGAUGCCAAACACAACUUGGAUAAUAUCCGAAGGAAAGCACCAGCUCCAAGGAAGGCCCCAAACAACGAGGAACAUUUCCAUUCCAACACUCAGAUCGUCGCCCUGACCGAAAAUGUUGCCGCCAUGCAACAACAGGUCCAAAGUCUCCAGGAGUCGUAUUUUAACAUGGCACAGGCGAACAAGGUGUUUGUGGACGAGAUCGUAUAUCUCCAACGAGUCGUCAAGGCGCAGUCUCAGGUCAACGGCGAGCUUCUCAGCCACCUGAACAAAAUCGACCAUUCUCGACGGCACGCGAGGUCGGGUUCGAACCACUCGAACCAAGCUGGUCCCUCUUAUCCUAGCGAAAAUCUCAUGUCCGAUGGAACUCUGGAGCCUGCACCGGAACUGCGAAGAGCCCGAGAGAUUCUCAACAGCGUGUCAGGCGAUCACACCCCCGAACGAGACCUCCGCCAGAUGUCUGUACAGUUUGGCCAAGUUGGCGCCUCCCCAGAAUCCGCUGGUUCGAAUGGCAUGAUGGGGCCUCCUGGAUCCGCCGGUAUACAACAGACGUUCAUCCAUGACCCUAUUGUUGACCCUCGCCACAUGGUCUAUCCGGUUGGACAAGACAUUGGUAUCGAUCCAUUUGCUGCAGAGCACAUGGCAAACAUUCCUUACAAUCGACCCAUGCCGCCCGCUGGUGUAGGUUCCGCUUCUGACGCCGUAGCCGCAAUGCCGUCAGUGAGCCCUCCGGUAGGCACUGGCGGUUCCCCGUGGGGUGCAAAGAAGCCGCGAAUUUUGCUGGUCGAGGACGACAAAAUCUGCUCAAGGAUAGGGUCCAAGUUUCUGUCUAACUUUGACUGUGGUGUAGAAGUUGCUCGUGACGGUCUGGAGGCUGUCAACAAAAUCAAUGGCAACCCGAACUGGUUUGAUUUGAUCUUCAUGGAUAUCGUCAUGCCUCAAUUGGACGGUGUUUCGGCCACUGCGAUGAUCCGAGAGGUCAAUCCUCGUAUUCCGAUCAUAGCCAUGACCUCGAACAUCAACCAGCAGGAUCUUGACAUGUACUUCCAUUGGGGUAUGCGCGACGUAUUGGCGAAACCCUUCACCAAAGAGGGAAUGAUCGGGAAGCUCAAGAGACACCUUGCCAGCUUCAUGCGGAACCCCCCUCCUGAGGCCCUCCUGGAACAAAUGUAUGGCAACGGCGGGCAACCGCCUACCCCUGGCCCAUAUUCGAACCCGACUCUAAGCCUGCCAAUGUCGGCUGCUUCGUCUGGAGGAAUGGGCAAAUUUGAGACAACGCCGGUCCAGUCGCCAGCAACUAGUGCUUCGUGGCACUCGCCAGCCAUACCUCAUGCCUCACCCAACCUGAAUCAUCCUAACAUGAACCAGGAUCAGGGUUACCUGACGACGGGUAGUGGUUCACAGAUGGCCAUGACUCCUGGUGGACCAGCGCACCCUAGAUUUCCGAACCCAAUGCUCCCUGCCAUGAACACCCACCACCAAGGUCGAUUGCCUGACGGUAUGGCAAAUGAUGGACCGCCCGAGAAGAGACAACGACUUUCAGGUCCUGGGUACCAAGGACAGUUCCAUCAAUAG